CAACACCAACAGCAUAACCCAAUGUAGCUCUCUCUCUUGAAUGGCGCCAGGCACCCUACCUACUCUACAGCCUAUCACUACAACUACAGCAUGGAAGCAACCAGACAACUUGACGACCAGCGAGUGAUGAUGUCAACACCAAUGCCGACCUCCUCUCCUCCAGCCCCUCCAGUUGUCAGGAAUGUCAAGAUUGCGGAAGUGGGGAGGUAUAAGUUCAAAGGUUAUGGGAGUUAUCAUGGUGGUCUUGAAGGCAGGAGCAGAUGGAGCUGGUAUAGAAAGUCACCCAACAAUAAUCUUAUGGUCAUCCAGGGAGCAACCAACCGAGACUAUGAGGCCCAGCAUGAGGAUUAUGGAUGCCAGAUUCUAUUUGGGUAUACUCCUGUUCGUAUUGAUGGAAUCGCUGGGGAACUGGUCCUGUCUGAACCCAGUCCAUUCAUUUACCCAGACCUUCCAGUUGUGGAGUCGUUCACAAUUAUCGGGAAAGCCAUGGAAGGGGAGAUCUUGACUGCUGUGGAUAUGCCUCCCACAAAUGAAGCAAGCCUCAGCAUUUGGGACCGAUACAAGAAGGAUAUAAAGUAUCAGUGGUACCGAUCAGGUGAAGGUAAUGGAGGAAAGUUCAGUGAAAUACGCCAGCAGCGCUCAUGCACAUACAAGGUCAAGUUGGAGGAUGUUGGUUGCUAUCUGCGAUGCGAAUGCAUCGUUUCUGAUGUUUUUGGCAGAACUGCCCCACCUGUAUAUGCCCUUUCUCAAUGUGUUGUCGCAGGUAGGAUUGUCAUCCAUGCUCCACCUACCCAUCAGAGUGUUUGAUUGUUCAUCUUCUGCUUGUUAUUGUGACCAGUCCACAAAUUUACCCUGCUUCUCACACCAUAUCAAGUUCACGCUUCAACG